AUGACAUCCAAAGGUUUACGCACGCACUAUGUGCGUCAAUCAUAUAAUCCGCCGGUCGACAGUUAUGGAGAUAGUGAUCCUAAUGAGAUCCGUUUUAUCUUGCUUGGAGGCACUGGAUUAGGAAAGAGUUCGGUCGCAAAUACGCUGUUAGGAAAAGAAAAAUUCAGAGCAGAUCGCGAGUUUGCACCUAUUACAAAAGAAUGCCAGUGUGGAGAACGGAUGUGUCAAGAUAAAAGAUUAAUUGUAAUUGAUACACCAGGAUUUUUUGAUAUUGAAGAAAUGCACCAGAACGGCACUAUAGAUAUAGAAAUAGUUAAGACACUUGAAAUAGCUGCACCCGGUCCUCAUGCUUUUCUAAUCGUCAUUAAAGCUGAUCAUAGAUUUGAUGCACAAGGCAACGCAAUUAAAACGGAUAUGUGGUAUAUUUAA